UACACACUACUAUACAAAACAAUUGAUCACCGGUACAUAUAUACGUUGUCAUGGCGUUCUCCCAGGUUUUCACCGCUCUGGAUGUGCCGCUGGCGCCUAUGUUUCAUCCCACGAUAUGGGGUGACUUCUUCAUCCACCACAGUCCAGAAACAUUACAGAUGUCCGAGGAAUUCAUGGAAAACAGGUCUACUCAAUUGAAGGAGAAAGUGGUUGGGAUACUUGAGGCUUGCAAUAAUAUAGUUGAGAAACUGAAACUUGUGGACACUCUCCAACAUCUGAGUAUAGAUCAUCAUUUCAAUGAACAAAUUGUCUCCACAUUAAGGAGCAUCCAUUCUUCUGAAUUCAAUAGCUCUAGCCUUCAUGAUGUUGCUCUUCGAUUCCGCUUACUGAGGCAACACGGAUUCUGGGUAUCUCCAGAUGUAUUCAAAAAGUUUAAAAAUGAAGAUGGGGUGUUCAAGGUUGACAUAACUAAUGAUCCAAGGGAACUAUUAAGUUUAUACAAUGCAGCACAUCUCUUAACACAUGGAGAGAUAGAACUUGAAGAAAGUAUCAUUUUCGCAAGGAAACAUCUUGAGUCUAUGAAAAGUGACCUUGAUUCCCCGUUGGCUGAGCAAGUCAAGCGUGCUCUUCACUUACCACUGCCAAGGACAUUGAAGAGAGUAGAAGUGUUGCAUUAUAUUUCAGAAUACAAAGAAGAGCCGAUGCACAAUUCAUCUAUUCUAGAAUUAGCUAAACUUGAUUUUAACCUGUUGCAACGCCUCCAUUUAAAGGAGCUCAAGGAUAUCUCCAGAUGGUGGGAAGAUAUUUCUAGAGAAGUGGGGCUAACAUACUCACGGGACCGCAUUGUUGAGUGCUACUUAUGGUCAUACAUGACAUACUACGAACAAGAGUAUACUCGUGCAAGAAAGAUUUUUGCCAAGAUAAUUGCAAUGAUGGCCAUGACAGAUGACACUUAUGAUGUACGUGCUACUUUGAUGGAGUGUAAACAACUUGAUGAAGCUAUACAAAGAUGGGACAAGAGUGCUGUUUCUCUACUUCCAGAGUACCUCCAGAAGUUCUACCUCAAGCUGAUAAGCACAUUCAAAGAGUUCGAGGACGAGUUGAAACCAAAUGAGAAGUACCGUGUCCCUUAUAGCAUAAAAGCGUUUCAAAUAUUUUCAAGUAAGCAUCUGCAAGAAGCGGAAUGGUUUCAUCAAAAACACAAGCCCAAAUUCAAUGAUCACGUUGAGGUAUCAAUAUGCUCCGCCGCACCAUGCGCAUGUGUUUGCUUGUUAGUUGGUAUGGGUGAUACUGCAACCAAAGACGCACUCGAAUGGGCACUCGGUUGCACAGAUGCUGUCAGGGCUUGUGCAGUGGUGACACGUUUUAUGAAUGACCUUGCUGCAUUUAAGCAAGGGAAGAACAAAUAUGAUGUGCACACUUCAGUGGAAUGUUACAUUAGUGAACAUGGCGUGGAAAGUGAUGUCGCCUUUGCCAAUAUUGGUUCUAUGAUGGAAGAUGCAUGGAAGACCACAAAUCAAGCACGCUUUGAACGCCCUGGGAUACUUCCGGCGAUACAACGAGUCGCGAAUAUAACAAUCAGCAUGAUGUUCUGGUACGAUGACCACAAGGAUGCAUUUACAUACAGCAACAUCAUUGAAGGGACGAUUAGGCGUCUGUUUGUCAAUCCUAUUCACUUCUAGACAGUGGCGAUGUCGUACAUGUUUGUAUACGGUAUCAUUCAUCGACAGGUGUGCCAACAACCUCACUCUAAGGAAAGUUGUAUCAUGUAAUCUACUGCAGUUGGGCUUUACUGCCUGACUAUUAUUUUUCUGAAGAAAUACAGUGAAUCCAAUAAGGCUUUGUAUUAGUCAGUAUUACCUGAAAUGCAACAAAAAGGAGUUGUACUUUAUUAUAUGCAAUGUGCAGAGGCUGGGGCUAUGCUCCCAUAUUGAAAAAUGUAUUAUUUUCGUGUCA